AUGUUCGAUCGAAUUUGGACUUUUUUGAUUUUCUUAUUUGAUUAUUUAUCAAUUAUUGUUAAAACUUUACCACGUGAUAUUCGUGGUCUUUAUAAAAUAUUUCGACAUUCCAUAAUAAUUAAAUAUCAUGUAUAUCGUAAACGAGAUUUUAUUGCUAUAUUUCGUGAUAAUGUGAAAUGUUACAAAUCAAAGUCAUGUUUUAUUUUCGAAGAUACAUCUCUUUCGUUUCAACAAGUCGAGGAUUUAACAAAUCAAUUAGCAAAUUACUUCUUAGCUGAAGGUUAUUGUCAUGGCGAUGUUAUUGCACUUCUGUUAGAUAAUUCUAUUGAAUAUCCAUGCGUAUGGAUUGCAUUGAGUAAAAUAGGUUGUAUUACAGCAUUAAUCAAUUCAAAUUUACGUGCCACACCACUUCUUCAUUCUAUUCGAACAGUGAAUGCUAAAGGUAUUAUUACUUCAAAGCAACUUCUUCCAGAAGUCGAAUCAGAAUUAAAGGAAUUAAAUGUGAAUAAAGUCUAUUUAUUUGAUCCAAAGCAAAAAUCAGCAACACAUUUUUCUAAUGGUCACUCAUCAAUGUUACCAUUUGAAACAGUUCAACUAUACGACAAACUUGAACAAUGUUCAACUCAACCUACAAAACCUAUUCCAUAUAAUUUAAAACAUCCAGUCUUCUAUAUCUUUACGUCCGGAACAACUGGUCUACCAAAAGCAGCUGUUAUUAAGCAUUCAAGAUUUUUUCUUGGUUCAUUUGGUUUUAUUGUGGCAACUGGCAUUACCGAUAAGGAUGUUAUGUAUGAUACUCUGCCACUUUAUCAUUCAUUAGGUGGCUGGAUUUGUAUUACUUACAGUCUCUUAGGAGGUUGUACAACAGUACUACGUAAAAAAUUCUCAGCUUCAAAUUUUUGGAAAGAUUGUGUCAGAUAUAGAUGCACAGGGUUUACAUAUGUUGGUGAAUUAUUACGAUUUUUACUUGCUCAACCAUUAAGUGAAUAUGAUAGAAAACAUUCAAUACGUCUUUGUUGUGGUAACGGACUUCGAAAAAAUCUAUGGAUACCAUUCGUUGAACGAUUUAAUAUACGAAGCGUUUACGAAUUCUAUGCAGCUACUGAAAGCAAUGCUUAUUUUUUUAAUAUUGAUUCUUAUCCAGGUGCUUGUGGAUUUUAUUCAUUAAUUGCUCCUCGUGCACUUGGAAGUGUACUUGUACGAUUCGAUAAUAUAACAUUAGAACCCAUACGCAAUGAAAAGACCCAAUUAUGUGUGCGAUGUAAAACAGGCGAACGUGGAUUACUAUUAGGAAUGAUUGAAAACAAUCUAUUACAUGCAUUUGAUGGUUAUGUUAAUAAUCCAUCAGGAACAAAACGAAAAAUUGUUGAACAUAUUUAUAAGAAAGGUGAUCGUGCUUUUAAUACAGGUGAUGUUAUGGUAGCAGAUAAAUAUGGCUAUUUAUAUUUUUGUGAUCGUACAGGCGAUACAUAUCGUUGGAAAGGUGAAAAUGUGUCAACAGUGGAAGUUGAAAAUAUUCUUAUGAAUGUUCUCAAUCGAAAUGAUGUUGUUGUUUUCGGAGUUUCAAUACCAGAAACCGAUGGUAAGGCAGGAAUGGCUGUUGUUCUUGAUGAUCUUGCCGCACCAACUGAUAUGAAUACAUUAGCAACAGAUCUGAAAAAGAAUGGACUACCAUCAUAUGCUCGUCCAUGUUUUAUUCGUCUUACAAAACAUAUUGAAUUAACUGGAACAUUUAAAGUUAAGAAAAAUGUAUAUCAGGAUGAAGGUUUUGAUGUUAAACUUAUGACUGAACCCGUAUAUUAUUUAAACCAACAGAAGCAGACAUACGAAAGAUUAACAUCUGAAAUAUAUGAUUCAAUAAUGAACGAAAAAAUAAAAUUCUGA